AUUGCUAUUUAUUUUAUAUACAUAUAGCGCGCCAAUAAUAAUAAUUUACAAUUCGUUACAGGCUAAAUGACUAUCAUUUGAUUUAUCGCUUAUGCUUCCACAUAAAAAAAUACCUUAUAAAAAACAUGUGUUAACCCUUUUCCGAUUUUCUUCGGAAAGUGUCAGCGCACGUAUGUAUGUAUUUGCUAAAAAAAAAGGUUUAUGUGUCGAAACGAAUUCCCGGCGAAAAAGUGAGUAUGAAAUUUGCGAUUUACUAAUAAAAUGAUCACGAACCUGAAAACGGCCACUGCAAAAUAUACCCCCCACCCUAAACUCGAUGGCAGUGAUGAGGGUGUUGCACUUGUCCAAUAGUAAAACGGCUGAUCCGCCCACCCCCGACCGGGUGCCUGCGAGGGUGCGAUGAUCUAACGCUCAGUGUUUGUGUACAACCAGUCUCUUGGCGACCAUGGAUCCGAAGUGUUUGUACGGUCUUGACGGUUCUGAUUCAGGAUUUGAAAUGAGCUUCGACUCGGAAAAUGAAGCUACAUUUUCGCUGGACGACACUAUGGGUUCUGAAGGUUUUGCUUCGUCCGUAAGUUUAGCAGACGAUGAUCUACAAGUAAAACCGAAAAAACGCCGUCAAAGAAGAACGAGAGAACGAAGUCCAAUGCAGUUGAUUAAAAUUAAAAAACACCGUCGCAUGAAGGCCAAUGAUAGAGAACGAAAUCGGAUGCACAUGUUAAAUGAAGCUUUGGACAGACUUCGAUGUGUUUUGCCAACAUAUCCAGAUGAUGCGAAAUUAACGAAAAUUGAAACUCUUAGGUUCGCACACAACUACAUUUGGGCACUAUCUCAUACACUUCAAGUCGUCGAGACCACUGAACAAUCACCAUUAGAUCAAGACCAACCACUAAUGCUUACCAUGGGUGACGUAACGGUCAGCAUAAGCCAACAAGGCAACAAAAUCACUUCUUCGACGGGAACGUGUGCUUUGGCACAGCAGAAAAAACCGUGCUCCCCAAUUUCCGAGCCAUUGGCAACUUCGUCGCCCAUAAAGGAAUCAUUGAAGCACCACCAACAUGCGGCGACGAGCCACAAUCUCAAUGAUUCUGGUUACUUUGAACCACAGCGUCUCGACCACCUCCUUGGUAUUACUGCCGAGCAUACCGGACAUGACCACAGUUACCAGCUGGACAGAUGGCUUCAGAAACCGAAUGACACUCAGUACCAGCACCAACAUCAACAGCCACAGCACAUCGAUAAGACGUGGUCCGAAACGGCGGCGUACUGCAAUGAUUACCAAACGACCUGGCCGCUGCAGACAGCGUGGCACAAUCACGGACCAUUGACGUAUCCAUCAUCGACCAUAGACCAAAGGUGCCAUGAACCGAUGAUGUUCUACUCUUGAGAUCGGUGAGAAAAAAAAUAUGGCGCUUCCGUAUUAACACCGGAAGAAUUAACGACCAACCGACUAUCGGUUUCUGUUGGUCAUCGUCGCCCACCUAUCCUGCUAUUAUCCGGUGCUCUUAUCGUUUGUCUGCCUAGAUGACACUAAAACGCGUUCUACCUAUAUGAUUGUAAUAGUAAUUAUCGGGUUUUAACUGAAGUCUGACAUGUUUAUAUUUAUAUAUGUAUAUUAUAAUGUGUUAUUUUACUUUGUUCGCGUGCACUCGUCGUCGCGGCGAACGAUAAACAAUAUUGUAUUUUUGUACCUAUAUAUAUUAUUAUUAUUUAAUGAUUAAAAAUAAAUAUACGCAUUGUAAUAUUAUUAUAAUAGUUA